UUUGCUUAUCUGUUAUCUGUAGAAAAUGGCGGUGGACUGGCGAGACAUGUGCUGCGGUGUGCGGCACUUGCGCGCUAGAUGUUUCUUCAUCGGUUAUUUAAACCUGAUUGCCAGUACAGUGGAUUUAGGCUGCCAUCUCGUCAUAUUAUCAGCUGUAACAAAUUUCUUCUCGUGCGAUGUGGAUUUAAAUAUUCUCCACAAUAUAAACUGGUCAUGGCUGGAGCCCUUCCUAGUCGUCAUCAACAUCGGGACCCACGGCUUCUACCCCUUCCCCCUAGUCCUUGGCUACUACGACAGUCUGGGGGUCCGGGGUACCCCUCGCUGCUACCCUGGCAUGGUGCAUCUGUAUUUGAUAGAUCUGAUUAACAUAGUCAUCCAUGUUGUGUGGCUGAGGCUUGUGGUGUCCUACAUUACGGCGCUAUAUAAGAAAGACGCCGACACCAUGCGGAUGUUCUUCAGCUUAUCCGUCAUCAAGAUCGUUCUCCAGCUGAUGUACUUCGCGUACACGCCGCUUCACUUCACAAUUCAUUCCGACACCCUGUACAAUUCUUACUGGGUACUCAAGAUCCUCGACAUCUGUGUAGCAAUCACGUUCCUGCUGGUGAUGAACAGCUACAUCAAGGCCGUGCGGGCGGAGAAGGCGCCGGCGCCUGCGCUCGCGCAGCUCGACCAGCCGCCAUCUUACGACGAGUGCGCCGUAGUGGCAGUCGCGCAGGAGAAAACUGAAAAUAUACCUUAAAUUACCGAU